UAUUUAAAAAAAAACAAAAAACAAAGCAUUUGUUAUUUAUUUCUUUUUUGUUUGCUCUUUGCGCCUCAUGAUAAGUCCCCAGCCUGAUACGUUAGUAGUGUUUAUGCUGGGAGCAGGCUAGCUAAAUAACGAUAACUGCUAACUGCUCUGCCCACGAUGCUAAACGGAAACUGAAUUUUUUAGCUAAAGCUAUACAUGUACCAACUGUCUAAUUAUAUUUUAAAGCGUGGUUGUCUAACUUGUCUGACUUGCAUAAUAAUAAUGGGCAGAAGACUUGCAUACAAGUGGUCGUUUCUUUUUUCUUAGUGAGAAUUAGCUAGAUUGGUAACACAAGCUAAUUAGUCACUGGAGCAAAUGCUGUGGCUCUGCUUAAGUGUGGUAACUUACACUAAUACAAAGUCCAGCACGAUUUACAUUUGUGUAGUAUGUAUUAUUGCGUUUACUGUUUGCUUUUAAAUCAUUAACGAAAAAUGUUAGUUAUAAAUGUUCAGUAUCUGCAUUGUAAUGCAGUGAUAACUACCGAGGAGUAAAAAAAGAAAAUAACGAAUAACAUAGAUAUGGCAUAAAUUGGGAUACAGUGCCGUGAAAAUUAUUUUUGCAUAUUUGUCAAAAUUACAUGUUUCAGAUCAUCAGACAUGUAAUUGUGAGGGAAUCAACAUUUGGAUUUAAGUCCAGACUUUGACUAGGCCACUCCAAAACCUUCAUUUUGUUUUCUUUUGAGCCAUUCAGAGGUGGACUUGCUGGUGUGUUUCAGAUUAUCGUCCUGCUGCAGAUCCCAAAUGUGCUUGAGCUUCAGGGCACAUUGUCUUUCACGAUUUUCUGAUGGGAAACUUGAGUCUUUCAGAAAGACCGUGUGAUUCAGGGAUUGACAGGAGAGGAUGCUGCUCUCUGCCAGGACAAGAAAUAGUGGGACACAGAAAUCCCCAGUAGCUCAAGACCAGGCCAGCUCCUGGGUACUCAGAGAACGAGAAAAAAUAUGUGCAUCGCCUGCACCGGUGACUUUGCGAGAUAGCAGAGGAAAAUACUAACACAUUGAAGCUUGGUCAAUACAUUUUUGGAGUUUAGCAACCAAAAUAUUAGUACUAAACUAGCACUGAAAAAAAAUGAACUUCCUGUCAACCUUUGUGACCUUUGAGAACCUCCAUGAGGUUCGGAGAUUGUGCCACUGGGGUCCAGUCAUAGCCUUGUCUGUCAUUGCUAUAUGCUCCACAAUGGCAAUUCUAGACUCCGUUAUCUGGUACUGGCCUCUAGACACUACAGGGGGCAGUAUUAACUUCAUUAUGCUAAUCAACUGGACUGUCCUCAUACUCUACAACUACUUCAAUGCUAUGUUCGUUGGACCUGGAUACAUUCCUCUUGGCUGGAAACCAGAGAAUCAGCAGGAUACCCAGUACCUACAGUACUGCAGAGUGUGUCAAGGAUACAAGGCCCCCAGGUCCCACCACUGUCGAAAGUGUAACAGGUGCGUGAUGAAAAUGGACCACCACUGCCCUUGGAUAAACAACUGCUGCGGCCAUGUGAACCAUGCCUACUUCACCAGCUUCCUGCUCCUGGCUCCACUGGGUUGCUCACAUGCUGCCAUUAUCUUCAUCAUGACCAUGUACACACAGCUGUAUGAGAGGAUAUCAUUCGGCUGGAGUACUGUAAGGAUUGACAUGAGUGCUGUGCGUCAAUUUCAGCCCCUCAUGCCCUUUAGUGUGCCUGCCUUUGCUGCUACACUUUUUGCCUUAGGUUUGGCACUUGGCACUACUAUUGCCGUUGGUAUGCUUUUUGUUAUACAGAUGAAAGUCAUCCUUCGAAAUAAGACCUCAAUCGAGUCCUGGAUAGAGGAAAAGGCCAAAGACAGAAUACAGCACUACCAAACAGGGGAGGAGUUUAUCUUCCCUUAUGACCUCGGCGGCCGCUGGCUGAAUUUCAAGCAAGUCUUCACGUGGUCAGGGACACCCAAGGGCGACGGCAUUGUCUGGCCAGUCCAUCCCAAGUGUCACCAGCACACCUUAACUAUUGAGCAACUGAAACAGAAAGCUGAUAAGCGAGUGAGAAGUCAGGUCCAGUACCGAGCAGUAGAGGAUUAUAAUGGAGCUUGCUGCCCUCUCAACAAGGGUCUCCAAACCUUUUUUAGAACCCCCUGCACCGAGGAGCCCAGGAUCCCUCUCAGUAAGGGGGAUACCAUCCUGGCUACUCGUGGUACCAAAUGGUGGAUGUACGGAGACAAAGUUCUGAAUGAGGAGCAGCUGCGAGCUGGAGAGCGUGUGAGAGGAUGGUUUCCGAGGCGAUGCGUGGAGAAGUGCCAUUAUGACACAGCCGCGAGUGACACCACCGGUGAUAAAAAAGUCAAUUAAUACAUGUCAACGGGCUUUAUGUAGAGACGUGGAGUUAAACUGAGCAGAGCGCGUCUGUCCACGUUUAUAAACCUCCACUGAAGAUGUCAUGCCCGAUGCUGCAGGUUUACCGUCACAAAUUUCAAAGUUUAAAUUUCUUGCACAUUUCAGUGCCAACUUAUAUUUGUAAGGCAACAUAUAGUAGUUCUUUGAGUCUUGCUGAGCACUUUUGUCUUGUAGAGAACUGCAGUCAUUUGAAAAACUGGUCCCGUGGGUUCAGUUUGAUUCCUCUGACCAAAAAUCUAACUCAACAACCGUCUUAAUGUUCUAGAGUUGCCACCAGACUGUGGUGUAACUUUGUUAUGACUACACUUUUUACUUGAACCUGUUGUUUUUAAUUUGUGUUGGGAUUGUUUCUUUUUUUUUUUGCUACUUAUGCAAAGCCUCUGCCCAACAAACUUGAGGGCAUCAUCAUGCAACUCUUUCUACCGUAUGGAGAUAACACUUCAUU